GUCCGCCCUCCGGACGCGUCCCCGCUGGACCUGCAGACGUGGCGGGGCGGGACCGCCGGGCGCUCCGAGCGCACUCGGCCGCCGGAGCGAUAUUAAAAUGUCUGAUGAUGCUGGUGACACCUUAGCCACUGGAGAUGGAGCACAAAUGCCCGAGAUGCCCACCAGUGAUUCUUUACCUGAAGAUGCACCAGUGCACUGCAGUUUAGCCACGUGUUCACAUGAGCCAGCACCGUUGGACCCUGGAGGAGAUGAUUUGCAUGAGAAUGCAGCUGGUCAUGGUGCAGAGACUGCUGCCCACAGGCACCCAGAGCCGUCCAGUGCCCUGGAGCCCCCUCUCAACAGAGAAGUGACUGAGGAUGCACUUGCCGAGUGCAUUGAGUCUGUCAGCCUCGAGGGAGAACCUGGAUCUGAAAUACCCCUGAGGGAACAGAGCCAUCUGGCUGUGGAUUCCCCUCCACGGGAAGGAGGAUGGGCCGGCUGGGGCUCAUGGGGCAAAUCUCUGCUGUCAUCUGCAUCUGCCACCGUGGGUCAUAGAUUGACAGCAGUCAAGGAAAAAGCCGGGGCCACCCUACGGAUUCACAGUGUAAAUUCCAGAUCGUCUGAAGGCGCCCAACCUGAUGCUGAAAACGGAGUUCCCGAAAAUGUGGCCGCAGAUCAAAACCCUGCAGGAAGCACCCCCACCUCUCCUCCAGUGGGCUCUGGCUCUCGGGGCAUGCUCUCCGCCCUAACCAAUGUGGUUCAGAACACUGGCAAAAGCGUCCUAACAGGAGGCCUUGAUGCUUUGGAAUUCAUCGGCAAGAAAACCAUGAAUGUCCUUGCAGAAAGUGACCCAGGGUUUAAGCGGACUAAGACGCUCAUGGAGAGAACCGUUUCUUUGUCCCAGAUGUUAAGGGAAGCCAAGGAGAAGGAGAAGCAGAGACUGGCGCAGCAGCUCACAGUGGAGAGAACUGCGCACUAUGGGAUGCUGUUUGAUGAAUACCAAGGUUUGUCACACCUGGAAGCCCUGGAAAUUCUGUCCAAUGAGAGCGAAAGCAAGGUUCAGUCAUUUUUAGCAUCACUAGAUGGAGAGAAAUUGGAACUCCUAAAAAAUGACCUAAUUUCCAUUAAAGACAUCUUUGCAGCCAAAGAAUUAGAGGGUGAAGAGAAUCAAGAAGAACAAGGCUUAGAAGAAAAGGGAGAAGAGUUUGCUCGCAUGCUUACAGAGCUUCUCUUUGAAUUACAUGUUGCGGCCACGCCUGACAAACUCAACAAGUUUAAAGACAUAUGUCAGAAUUACGCAGGGAGAGGCGUCAGCCAGGAAAACCUCUCAGAUCUCCGCCCACCUGGAAGCUAUGCUACAUCCUGUCCAAGAAUAUCCAGUGUUAGCAGUCUGGGUUCCUCUAAUAAUACGGCAGUGUGUUUUGCAGGUUGGAGACCAUUGCAGGCCAUGAAAAAAGCCCAUGACUGGAUAGAAGAGGCUCAAACCCUGGUGUCGGUAGAUGUAGCCAAAGAGUCAGAGGAGGAAACUAAGAUGGAAGAAAAGGAAGAGAAAACUGAAGACCUGCAAGAAGACAAAAAGGAGGAAAAGAGAACUAAGACCAUAGAGGAAGUGUACAUACUGUCCAUUGAAAGUCUGGCAGAAGUCACUGCGCGUUGUAUUGAGCAGCUUCAUAAAGUUGCAGAAUUAAUUCUUCAUGGACAAGAAGAGGAGAAACCAGCUGAGGAUCAAGCAAAAGUUCUGACAAAGUUAACUACCGCGAUGUGCAAUGAAGUGGCCUCCUUAUCAAAGAAGUUUACAAAUUCUUUAACCACGGUUGGGAGCAACAAGAAGGCUGAGGUCCUUAACCCUAUGAUCAAUAGUGUAUUGUUAGAGGGUAGCAAUAGCACGACAUAUGUCCAGGAUGCCUUCCAGCUGCUGCUGCCUGUUCUGCAGGUCUCACACAUCCAGACCAGUUGUUUGAAAGCACAGCCAUGACCUUGUACAACGCCGUCUAGUUAAAGGCAAUGGCAGGCCACAGUGUUUCUGUGUGCAACUUAAAGGGGAUGUUUCUGAUGCAACUAGCCCGAGGCACCCAUCUGAGAACACUACAAGCAGUUUUGCACAAACAGUAUUGAGAGUGAAGGUUUAAAGGGGAUUGACGUUUUUCUUACUAUAUAUGGUUGGUUUUGCAAAUAAUUGUGUUUUCUUCAUGUUAAUUUAAACUUACACAGUUUAUAGUGAAAGUUUCCUUUAAUCUAAAAUUCAUUCACAUAUAUUCACGUCUGUUUUCCUGGUCAAACAUGCUAUAUUUGGAAAUUCAUAGGCAGACCCUAGAUUUUUUUAAAUCUUAAAUUUCUACCUUUAAAUGUCACAUCAACUUUUAUACUGAACUUCAUUUUGUUACCUAAAUGUCAUGGGCAAAAAUAACACUACUUUUAGAUUUUAUUUGUUGUGGUACAAGAGAAACAUAAGUAUCUCUUUAUGAUCAUUCAUUCCCGCAACAAGCAUUUAUUGAGCACCUACUGUGUGCUCACAGUAAAGGAAUCCAGUCUCACCCUAGGUGAGACAGUCUGAAAGAGGGUUUUACUUUGAAAUACUAACAUAUUUUCUAAAUCUUAAAACAUUGGAGAACAAGGUAAAUUGGUGCUUUUUAAAAUGUCCUACCCUUUAAUUUAUUCUGUUUAUCUAACCUCCUUAAACUUUUUAAUCCCAAACUUUAAAUACAGGGUAAAAAUAUGUAUGAAAAAGGGAUAUUAAAGAAUAUUGAGUUUAAAAUUGACUCCAUAUGAUCAUAAGCUCAUGAUGGCAUAAUUUCAAAGCUUGUAAGUAUUGAAAUGGAAAAUGGGAGGGAUUUCAACACAGUAGAAACCCAGGACUGCAUUUUACAAAUCUACUACUACACUGAUUGCACCCACCGGUGGCAAAAGACAGAAAAUACUGAUGUGUGGUUGACUGGCUGGUGUGUUGAUCUGGGAGGCUGCACAGAAGGCCUUCCUUGUGUCCGGGGACAUCACGACGGACACUUCUGAGCCCCACACACUCAUGACAGGUGACACUGUGUGAUGCUCCUGUCCCACAGUGCCACUGACAUCCCUAUCUGUAAUGUCAGAAGAAAUCUGGCCCAGUGGCUCUCUCCAAGGCAAAGGAACCUUGUAGUUUUGCAAGGGUAAAAAUCCCUUGUUUAUGUUUGCUUCUAUUCCCCUCAUAGAGUCAACUGUUUUUGUUCCCUACAGACCAUAUAGGGAUAUUUUAGAAUCAUCCUGCUUCUCAUUAGCAUUUCAUUGUCUUUGUUCUGUAUUUCAUUUGUAUAUCUCUGAAACAGCCAAAUAGAAAACAUCAGAACAGUUUCUUUACAACUUGGAAAAAUAAGAUUCUCCGAGGAAUCAAUUAAAGAUGUUUCUUUUCUCCUUUU